AAGAAAAAAGCCAGGCUGACGAUAUAUAAAUACAGCACGAAAGAUGCAUCUCUCCUUUCUGUGGAGUCAGGCCCUUUAUGGAUUAUAAUCCGGCCAAUCAGAUCCUGCCCGGUAACAAACAACUGAGGAUCAAAAGGAACCUUUAAAUCUCAGACACACAAUCGUUAGGAAACAUGGUGGGACUUAAACCCUCAGAUGUUCCUCCACCACUGGGGGUGAAGAUGGCGAGUGCUGGGCUGGCAGCCUGUUGGGCUGAUAUUGUCACAUUUCCUCUGGACACAGCCAAAGUCAGACUACAGAUACAGGGAGAGAAGACGGCGGUGGGAGGCAUCCGCUACAGAGGCGUGUUCGGGACGAUCAGCACCAUGAUCAGAACAGAGGGACCCAGGUCUCUGUACAACGGGCUGGUGGCGGGGCUGCAGAGACAGAUGUGCUUCGCCUCCAUCAGGAUCGGCCUCUACGACAGCGUCAAGAACUUCUACACUGGGGGCAAAGACAACCCUAAUGUGCUGAUACGGAUCCUGGCCGGCUGCACCACAGGCGCCAUGGCAGUGUCGUUUGCACAGCCCACAGACGUGGUCAAGGUUCGAUUUCAGGCCCAGAUGAACCUGGACGGCGUGGCCCGUCGCUACACUGGCACCAUGCAGGCCUACAAACACAUCUUCCAGAACGAGGGCGUGCGUGGACUCUGGAAAGGCACACUACCCAACAUCACAAGAAAUGCGCUUGUCAACUGCACAGAGCUGGUAACAUACGACCUGAUCAAGGAGGCCAUCCUCAGGCACAACCUGAUGUCAGAUAACCUGCCCUGCCACUUUGUUUCUGCGUUUGGCGCAGGCUUUGUUACCACAGUGAUCGCUUCCCCGGUAGAUGUGGUGAAAACUAGGUACAUGAACUCCCCACCAGGCCAGUACAAGAGCGCUAUCAACUGUGCCUGGACCAUGAUGACAAAAGAGGGGCCGACGGCUUUCUACAAAGGAUUUGUGCCCUCGUUUCUGAGGCUGGGAUCGUGGAACGUUGUGAUGUUUGUCUCAUUCGAACAAAUCAAGAGAGCCAUGAUGGUCACGAAGAAGAGGAUCGAAGACCCAAACUGAGUUCCACAUUUUUACGUUUGACUGAGAAACUUGAGCCAACACUGGGUUGGAACGACACUGAAAAAAAAAAACCCAAAAACCUAAUGAAUAUCAUAUCACAUUUUAGUUUUAUUCUUUUUUUGUCCCGUGGUGACAAAGAAGAAAAUCCUUUGUUGAAAAAGGAACAUUAGACGAUCUAUCUUGUGCUUCAACUUUGUGUUGAACUGAUGUAUUAAAGAAAUGCAGUUUUGUAUUUAGAAUUUUUCAAAAAAUGUUGUGAUGAUCUCCUCUGGGAAGUUGAGUUUGUACUUUGAGUCCUGUAAAUCUGAAUCUGUCAAUUAUAAAAAAAGAUAUGCCGUUUUAUCUCCUACA